AUAACCGAUCUAAUAUUUACGAACCAAAAACACGAUUCAAUUAGAUUGAACCUCUUCCAAUGCCACCGCUUUUAGAGGAUAUCCUUCUACACGUUCGGGGAAACAUGAUUUUCCAACAUGAUGGGGCUCCGGCACAUUUCUCCCGACGUGUGCGUGAGUUUAGGCGACCGUUAUCCAAAUAGAUGGAUGGGUCGAGGUGGCCCAAUCGCCUGGCCACCACGAUCGCCAGAUCUAAACGUGCUCGACUAUUUUGUUUGGGGCCAUAUUAAAGCAAAAGUUGAGCAUAUGCGCGAACGUACUGAAGUCGAGGUACGCGAAGCGAUAUCAGCGGCGUUUAAUACAGUAACGCCAGACAUGAUACGCCGAGCAACGCAGCAAAUUGUUCGAAGAGCUGAACUGUGCUUAGAUGCACAAGGCAAACAUUUCGAGCAAUUAUUGCAUUAAAAUAAUGAGAGUGGAUUAGGCCUACUGGGGAAACCACUUAAAAAAAAA